CAUCGACCUCCAUACGCUCAGAAGCCCGGAUCAGACAACCAAUCGCUCGCAAAUCACCAUGCUCGGUGACGAACUCAAGAAGACCUCAUGAUGACAACCGCCCACCCUGCGCUGGCUCGUAUUUACGGCGGAUGCGCGGUAUAAAGUGUGCCGACUGCCGCGAUCAUCCACGUCCUCAACGCUCAUUUCUUGGAGUCGACGAUGCCUCGUGCUGCCGUCGCCGGCCUCCUGGCCGUGUCGGCCGUCGGACUAGCUGCAGCGCAGCUCACAGGCGACUGUACGACGGCCAUCCUCAAUGUCGCCAAUAACCCGGAUGCUAGCGCAUGUCUCAGUGUCUCCUCGCUGGUGCCCAUGCUCUCGGGGGACGCGUCCAUCGUGACACCGAUCAGCGAUUGGGUGGAGAGGAUAUGCCCUGCGCCGGCGUGCAGCAACGAGAUCAUUGGGUCGAUCACUGCGAACAUCACCCAUGGCUGCUCGACUGAGCUCAACACCUUCGGAAUCUCGUCGGACGCCGCCUCCGCCAUCGCCCAGGUUAUACAGGGGGUGUACCCGACUCUACGAGAGUUGCUAUGCUUGUCAGACGGGGACACCAACUGCGUGUCGCAAACCCUCAACAAUUUCCAGGACAUGUUUGGCCCCCUCACGCCGAACAACAUCUACAAGAUCCUGACAAGCGACGACCUGACUGUGCCCUCAAAUAUCACCUGCACGGACUGUGUGAAGGCAUUCUACAGCACCCUCUCGCCGAACAUCGAACUUGUCAAUGAGGAGACUGCUCAGGGGAAGUGCGGGAAUGACUUCAUUGAUGAUUCCAUGCCCAGCGGUAUCAAGCAGACCGCGUCCACCGAGACCGCCUCUUCUACUAGAGACUCCAACGCUGCCCUCACUACAAUGACCUCAGGGGCAUUGCUUGGCCCCCUUGUUGCCUGCCCCUUUACUUUGGCUUCUGCAUACGCUCUGCUGGGUUAGUUGUAAUCAGCGUGCUGUUUUGUGUAUAUCCCUGUCGCUCUCUCGUACUUUUCGCUCGUUACGCUACAGUAAGCACACGCCCACGCGCAUAAUGAAAUCGAACCUUAUCAGUAGAGUGUGUCCGUAGAGUCUUUGGAACCCCACGAGGUUUAUUUGCACGA